AUGCAGAACUUUAUCAUGCCGCAACCCUUUGUUGCGGUACAUGGGGGAGACCCUUCUCAGUAUCCCCUGAACCCAUCUUACAACACACAUGGGGGAGAUCCUUCUCAGUUUCCCCUGAACUCAUCUUACAACGUGUUCAGCAAUCAAGGCCCGGCUGGUUUUCAGGGUUCGCAGGAUUCCUGGAUGAGCAACCAGCAGGUUGCAAACUCGAACCAGAUUGUGCUGGAAAAUCAAAUGAAUAUGAAGUCUGAAGACUUGAACUCAGCCAGAACAAACUUGUAUCCAGAGUUAUCCACCGAGAGCAAGAAAAGAAAAGUUGAGAGCAGCCACAGCGUUGAAUCUCAUGGUUGCUUGUAUGACUCCGACUCGAAGCAUGACGACGACGAGAGAAGGCUCGGAACAGGUUUCCUCCGUCUCCCGGAUGUCAUCGACAAGAUCGCGCAAGAGGGCACGGCGUUGCGGUGGGAUCAGGGUGAGGCGGCCUACGUUGUGCUGGAUGGGCGAGCGUUCGAGAAUCGUUUCAACGAGCUGAGGUACACCCGCGGCAAGAAAGUCGACAACGCUCGUAAUAGACCGUUCAGCCGCAUGCCCACCCACUUCACGCUCAUCAGGGGCGAGAAGUGGGCUGCAACGGGCACCAUGUUCCGACCCAAGAAAGAGGAUGGCAAGCCUGCUCCUGUGCAGCAUGACUGGAUCGAGGCCUCAACAGUAAGGGUGACCCUAGGAUCCAGUCAUGACAAGUUCCAGAUCUCACUCCAAGAGUUUCUUGACAUCACCGGAGCAGGCGAUCUCUAUGCUGACGCCUUGAAGAGCAGAGGGGAUGCUCUGAGCUCCACGGCGACGACAAGUCCCGAGAACUCGACGUCUAACAACUCCACCCCUGCGAAUGACUCGCCCGAAUGCCCUUCAUCUCCCUCCAAGCUGACAGACCCCAUCGAUGAUCCUUCCUUCGCGCUGUUGUCACGAGAGCCGUCUCGUUUCCUCAUGGACAACUUCGGCCAGGACGUGAUGCUUGACUCUAACGACGUGACUGCCAUUCUGGGCACAAUCUGGAACAGCGAUGCUCGUGGAGAUCAAGCGUAUUUCUUCAUGAGGAAGGCCGGCAUUGCUCCCUUCCAGAACGGAGCGAUCGUUUGCUUGAGAGACGGCCUACUCGAAGGAGAUGCGUCGCGAGGGUCAGGCUGCCUCUACCUCAUCGUGUCCGACAAGAACGCAAAGUGGAAGGGAGAGCCUAUCCCUACUCCUGAGGAGGAGGAGAGAGGCCACUGGUGUUGCUUCCUUGGUCAGGUCCCCGUGGUCGUCGAGGGGCGCGUGGCAUGCGGUGAUUACAUUGGCCCCAUGUGCGAUGGAAGUGGCAAAGGGCGGGUGGUGGCGUUGGGGGAGAGCCCGGUGAUUGGCAUUGCGCUGGCAAACAAGGAGGAAGCAGGACCUGCGGUAGUGAAGACGAUGUGCUUUGCCGGGCUGAAUGCAAUCUCGUUGAAUUCAAGGAUGGACGAGAAGUCGUACAAGGAACUGUUCGAGCAGGGCAGGAGGAUGCAGGAGUUGGUUGAGAACGUGCAGCGAGACGUGAAGGAGGUGAACCAGAGGGUCGGGGCUGUGACGCAGAAGGUAGGAGACGUCGAGGCCCGUGUAGGAACGACAGACACCACUGUUCGCUCCCUUUCCAACAAGCUCAACGUCAACGUGCAGCUGCUCGACUCCCGCCUUCAAGAUGUUGAGCGAUCGGUUGCCUUCAACUUUCACCGCAUGAUCCCUACCCUUCCUGCUCACGACGGCGAGUGGCGCUUCCAGGUGGCCGGGGGAUCAUGUCAGUGUCAGUUCAGUAAGAUCUGGCGUAUCAUCCUUGUGUUCGCCCUUGUCCUCGUGAGCGUGGCGGUAGUCCUCCGCCUAACUCGUCCUGCUCCUUGCCCAGGUAAUCGCCAACUUGUCUGUCCUCAAGGUUUCGAGCUCAAGCCGGGACGUCUGUGCGUACCUCCCAACAGAGACAGGAAGCCGCCGGUGGUUGCUACCUGUGCGCUGGCGGGAGAAAAGGAUCAAGGUGUUUGA